AUGGAUACUUUAGUAUUCCUUGAGGGACGAGUAGCUCCAGGUCUUAAUGGCGGAGCCGCUCCACCCCCGCCUGGGGUCAUCCCCAACUUCGAGAACCCUCCUGAUGCUGGCCGUAUUGCCACUAUUGCUGUCUUCGCGGUGUGCUACCCCCUAUCGACGGCCUUGUUUGCCACACGCAUCUACUCCAAGAUUGUGAUUAUCCGACAGUUGGUCCUGGAGGAUGUAAUUCGCCAUGGAAUGGGCUAUCACACGUGGGAUGUGGCCCCGGAUGAGUAUGCAGAGAUGCUUGAGGUAUGGGUAUACAUCACUUCGAUACUGUAUGAACCCGCGGCCUAUUUUACAAAGGUAACGCUCCUACUACUACUUGCCCGAGUGUUCGCUGUCCACACGAAGAUAUCUAAGGGUAUUCACUACUUCAACGUGGCCCUCUUGAUUGCAUAUAUUCCUCUUCUUGCUGUUAAGAUUGCGCUUUGUCAGCCAAUCCCAGGGUUUUGGAGACAAGAUGUUGAAGGAAGGUGUCUCGACCUCCGUGAAAUCCUCAUUAUUGAUGUCGCAUUCGCGAUAGCGACAGACACACUGAUAUUCACCAUCCCGAUUCCACUCAUAUGGCAACUGCGGACACCAUGGACUAAGAAGAUCAAAUUUGUCCUUCUUCUCGGGGCCGGAGGGGCUGCAACCGCCUUUACUGUUUACCGACUGGUUCUUCUGAACAAUGGCAAGGAUGUAGCAGCGGAUUUUGCCAUGCUUGACCUCUUAACGUACGUUUCUCUCCUCUCGAUAACUUGGCAACUCCUGAGGUGGAAAAAGCUGAUUACCUGUAUACCUUUGCUUUGUGAUAGGAUGCUUGAGCUGACAAUUGGGCUUGUGUGCUCAUGCCUCCCUGCCGUUAACAUCUUGAUUGAUCGAAUACGUAAGCCCCCCAGGCCCCGGCCCGCGAAUGGGCCACGCACCGGCCGUUUUCACCGAGGAGAAAGCGGUAAACGUGUUCCAUUCACUUGGAACUGGAUUGAGGUGACUCAACCAGACGAACAAUCACAGUCUGGGCGGAGCGAAAGACAGCUGAACUCCACAGAAGAUGGGGGAUUAUCCACACAUCAUGCCACGACAGUAGAAUCACAGCCAGAGAGGACCCAAGAGCGAGCUGAAUUCAACGAGUCUGAGAACAUAUUAAACCAAGGAGACGACGACAUCAUGGCAUUGAAUGGCGGUUGUUCCCCCUGUGGUGAUAAUUCCGCAUGUUAUGGACACCGUGAAGGGUGGCUUUGUUCGUGCGCACACAAGGACCGGGAUCGAGAUCGGGAACGAGGUCUAUCAAACCAACAGGAAGAAACUCCAAUAUCGCUCGGCCGCAAUAGCGAAGGCGAGAAAUCGAGAGCCGUUUCUUCCAAACUUGCUGACAUUAGUGGGCAGAGACAGUGGGAUUAUAUUUUUGAUGGCAGAAGCAACUCCCAUCCCCCGAUAAAGCGGACCUAG